UCCCCGGAGCGGGCCAUGCCCCCGCGGGAGCUGAGCGAGGCCGAGUCGUCCCCGCUCCGGGCCCCGACCCCUCCCCCGCGGCGGGGCAGCGCGUCCCCGGAGCUGGGCAUCAAGUGCGUGCUGGUGGGCGACGGCGCCGUGGGCAAGAGUAGCCUCAUCGUCAGCUACACCUGCAAUGGGUACCCCGCGCGCUACCGGCCCACAGCGCUGGACACCUUCUCCGUGCAAGUCCUGGUGGAUGGAGCCCCGGUGCGCAUUGAGCUCUGGGACACAGCGGGACAGGAAGAUUUUGACCGCCUUCGCUCCCUCUGCUACCCGGAUACCGAUGUCUUCCUGGCCUGCUUCAGCGUGGUGCAGCCCAGCUCUUUCCAGAACAUCACAGAGAAAUGGCUGCCCGAGAUCCGCACUCACAACCCCCAAGCUCCCGUGCUGCUGGUAGGCACCCAGGCCGACCUGAGGGACGAUGUCAAUGUACUGAUUCAGCUGGACCAGGGGGGCCGGGAGGGCCCAGUGCCCCAACCCCAGGCUCAGGGUCUAGCCGAGAAGAUACGGGCCUCCUGCUACCUUGAGUGUUCUGCCUUGACGCAGAAGAACCUGAAGGAGGUAUUUGACUCAGCUAUUCUCAGUGCCAUUGAACACAAAGCCCGACUGGAGAAGAAAUUGAACGCCAAAGGUGUGCGAACCCUCUCGCGCUGCCGAUGGAAGAAGUUCUUUUGCUUUGUUUGAACAGCCACAGCAGCUAGGGAGUAGUAGGCAUAAGACCACAGACUUCUGGAAACUGGGGUACUGGGGCCUUUGAGGGGGAUACUGGCAGGACCAGCCCUCCUCAUGGGACUUAGUUCCAUCUGAACACUGUGAGGACAUGGGCCUCUAAUUACCCACUGUAAUAUGCAAGGAUGGGCCCAGGGCCUGGAGGAGGCGAGGCUCUGAGUUGGAUUUCUGUGGUCAAGGAUCACAGAGAAAUGCCAGCACUUUGAUUUUCGUGGGGGUGGUCCUAACAGUGUCAUCCACCGCUAAGCAGUUUAGGAUCCAGUUCCCAGUUUCUUACCAUGAGCCCUCAGGUCAGCCUGGCGGAAUUAGGACCCCUUGUGGUGGUCCCCACCUCUUCCUUGGCAUAGGGGUGAGAAAGAGCCUGGCAACAGCAGGAAGAUGGAGAAGUUACAGAGAGGUUUGGGAUGGACUGGGUAAGACAGAGGUCAAUGAGAGAUUGAAAGGGAGCAGAAAGUGAGGCCUUGGAGCCUUGGGACUGGAGGGAGGCUGGUGACGAGGCAGGUCAGAGGGCUAAGCUUGGAGAAAGAGCAAGGGGAGCAGAGAAGUGGGGCAGCUGAGGAGCAAGGCUGACACCUGGGCUGCCCUCAGCCCCAGGGCCACGGUGGGCGGGGCUGCUGGUCCCUGGGAAGAACUGGGUCUCAGGGCUCCCUAGGCACUGCCCAAACUGGCUGGGCCAGGAGCAGGGCAGGAAGUGAGAGGCAAGGCCCAGCAAGAGGAGGGGGAGGAGUUGCAAACUAGAGCCUGAAGGAAGAAGGGGCUGGGGUCGCCCCUUUCUCCAAGG